CAUACAACAAAGUGACCACAACAGUGCAGCUGGGAACAGAACAUGGCUAACACGUUUAUCACUGUCCCUGAUGGGUAUUGUCUUCCUGAGCCCAUACAGUACUAUGAUGUUUUACCAGAGCACAUCAACUAUCAGCUGCAAGACACCGAUUUUCAGACUGCACCUUCCUGCCAAUACUCCAUAGUUCAGAUCCCUCCUCCAGUAUUAGAGUCACAACCUCCUCAGUCCCAGUACAGCACCUAUGGCCUGGACUCUCACUACAGUGAUAGGCAGUCUAUCAGCAGCUGUGAAUUGAGCAAACCCCCUCUCAUGGCUCCCCACAUUGAUGAUGCUGGAUACCAAGGAUUAAACCGGCCACGAUUAAGCCACUCCUCUUUGAGACUGAGGGGGCAGGAGGAGCUGUGUGUCGUGUGUGAUGACAAGGCCUCAGGCUAUCACUACAAUGCACUGACCUGUGAAGGCUGCAAAGGCUUCUUUGGCCGUAGUAUAACCUAAAAUGCAGCGUAUUGGUGCAAGACCAGUGGCCACUGUGAGAUGGACAUGUACAUGCGGAGGAAGUGUCAGGAAUGCCGCCUGAAGAAGUGCAAAGCAGUGGGAAUGCUCGCAGAACAUUUGCUGACUGAAAGACAAUGCAAGUCAAAGCGACUGAGGAGGAAUUUCAAAGAGCAGAGCAGUUUUCUUUGCAAUGUUAAACUGGAAGACGAGGGACUGAACAGUAAGCACGUGUCACCUACAACAAGAUCUGCAAAAGAAGUAGAGAAGAUGGAACUUACUCCAGGGGAACAUCAGCUUCUUGACCACGUUGUGGCAGCACACCAAAAAUACACAUUUCCCCUUGAGGAAGCAAAGACGUUUCUACAAGAAACUGCAAAUCCUGAGGCAAGUUUUCUCUGUCUCUCUGAGACAGCAGCUGUCCAUAUACAAGUGCUAGUGGAUUUCACAAAAAGACUUCCAGGAUUUGAAAGUUUAGCUAGUGAAGAUCAGAUUGCACUGCUGAAAGGCUCGACAGUUGAGGCAAUGUUUUUGCACUCUGCCCAAAUAUACAACCAAAGAAUUCGUGAAUGCCAGCCAUCAACAAGUGAAAGUCCCGUAAGGCUUUCUGAUUGUGGUACACGUUGUCAUGUGCCAAACCUUGACAAGAACAUUUAUUCCACAGAAAGGUCUCACAAUGAAUACAGUCCAACUACCACUACUACCCCAGGUGUAAUGGAGGAGUUUCUUGCAUCACUGUUUCACUUCUACAGAAGCAUGGGGGAACUCCAAGUGACAGAGACCGACUAUGCCCUCCUCGUAGCAACAGCCGUGUUUGUUUCAGCUCGCCCGCUCCUGAGCAGUAAGCGGCACGUAGAAGAGCUGCGAGAACCGCUGCCGGGCGUCCUGUACGAGCGCUCCAAGAUCCACCAUCCUGAAGACCCACAACGCUUCGCCCGCCUUAUCGGGCACCUGACGGAGCCGCGUACCCACAGCCACGCGGAGAUGCCGCUGACGUGGAGGACGAAGGACCCCCGCCUGACCCCCCUGCUUUCGGCGCGCGCCGCCUCCCCUCUCGUCUCGGGCGCGCGCCGCCUCCCCUCUCGUCUCGGGCGCGCGCCGCCUCCCCUCUCGUCUCGGGCGCGCGCCGCCUCCCCUCUCGUCUCGGGCGCGCGCCGCCUCCCCUCUCGUCUCGGGCGCGCGCCGCCUCCCCUCUCGUCUCGGGCGCGCGCCGCCUCCCCUCUCGUCUCGGGCGCGCGCUUCCGCCUCCCGCCUUUUUGUCUUCCCUCAGCAGCCGGCGAGUGCCGGCUCUAA